UAUCCGGACGAAACGCCACUCAAAACUGAAAAGCUCAAGCUCUCUCUCUCUCUCUCUCUCUCUCUCUCUGUGCUGGUUUUCUUUUGCUCCGAUCACAUCCGUUUUCUACGGACACAAGAAAAAGACAUGGAGUCCAACGAAUUUGAACAUCUUCUUAUAUCUCUGAUUUGACGUUCUGACUCAGUACUACUUUCUACUAGGUAAGUUAGAGCCAUCAGGUUGUCUGACCUUUUGAACCCUUUUUCUGUCUGUUUGGUUCGUUGCCAGAAUUCCAGUGGAAAAGUGUAGUGUUACCAAGCCCCACGGUUGUGUUAAUUUUUUUUGCUUUAGUUUCUCAGCAUCCAAACGGAGAUUCCUCUUUUGUUUACUUGUGUGUUUUGUGACUGGAGCAGUUUAACUUGGCUCUUCUCGCUUCGUGAGCAGCCGAGUGAAUUGCAAUACAUGCUCCACUCUGCUUGUACCAGUGACUUCGUGCUUUAGUAGACUCAAAAGUUUACCUUGUUUAAGGUUCUUAUUUCCGGAUAAUCAGGCUCUGUUGAAGCUUUUCCUGUCCUCCUAAAAUACCACCACAUCGUGAACCUUCCGCGUUCUUUGUAAAAAAGUCUGACAAAUUUCAUGGCAUACUCAGUCCAAAAAGUCCAUAAAUUUGUUCUUAGUGUUUUCCAACCGUUGUAAAAUACCAAUCACAUAAAGUCUGCAACUUGAUCUCUGAGAGUGAGGGGAGUUUUCGCGAUGGGCCUUUUGCUUAUUGGGUCAACGGGGCCUCCAAUAAAACGACGGGCAGGUUUGAGGAUAAAACAGGCGGGGCGAGGUUCAUACAGUGGCAGCUAGGGGGAAGCUUUUCCCCAUGUGAUAAUCUGUCUGAGUUUUCUGUUGGUAUUAAUUGACCUUUGUAAAUUCCUUGAGAGCCAGCCAAAGUAAUGGGGACUACUGCUUUGAGACAGUUGUUGAAGAGUCUCUGCAGCAACUCAUAUUGGAAAUAUGCGGUAUUUUGGAAGCUUGAGCAUCACGGCCAAAUGAUUUUGAGCUGGGAAGAUGGGUACUGUGGUUCUAAAAAAACAAGAGAACCUCUGGAGAAUAUCUCAGAUGACAUUAACUAUGAAAAUGUAAAUGAGAUAUUUUCAACAUGUGAAAUGAUCAUAGGUGAUGAUGAUGGCAUCACUGCAAUGGGAUAUCCAUUUGGACUAACUGUAGCUAGCAUGCCAUCUCGUCAAUAUGCCAUGGGAGAAGGGAUUGUUGGUGAAGUUGCAUAUACAAGGAGCCAUUGCUGGGUUCUCUCUGAAAAUACUUAUACUAGCGAAUUCAACUCUAAGUUAGUUGCUGAGUAUCCAGAUGAAUGGCUACUUCAAUUUGCAGCAGGUAUCAAGACUAUUCUGUUGGUUCCUGUACUUCCACAUGGAGUUCUACAGCUUGGCUCAUUGGACUGGGUUCCUGAAGACCUGGCUAUGGUCGCAUAUGUCAAAGAUAGAUUCAACACCCUUCACAAUGUUGCAGGGAUUAAUGUACCACUCACUUCAAAUGGAGACAUGCAACCUCAAACUUCAUCACCACUAAUGUCUGGUGUCGUGGAGAACAUAGGGGAGGCCUCAGACUUAACCGUUAACCCUCUGAAGGCUGAGGAUUUUAAAGCUUUUGACCACGUUAGAUUCAAUAAAAACAAAUUGUCAACUUUAAAUGUAGUGCCAGUGUUGAUGGUUCAAGAUGCUGUUCAAGUAUCUGAAACAAAUAUUCCAAGAAUGGUCAGUGCUGCAAGCAAAAAUGUGAGUGGUCUUCCACCAAAUAGCAUCCUUGGUAUAUCAACCCCUCCAUGCCAAUCUAUAAAUGCUAGCCAGUUAGAAAUGUCAGAGGCUAAGCUGUUUGGAUUCUCCUGUCUGGAAGAAUCAGAGGCUUAUCCUCAAUUUAACAGCUCCAAGUUGGGAGGUUUUGAAGAACCCUCCCGUGGAAUCAAUCCUUUGUGCAACGGAUUAAUGACAUUUGGAGACACAAGGGCUAACGAUACAGAACAUAAAAGUGCUAGCAGUUUCACUAGCCACCCCGUAGAUUCUGAGCUACACAAAGCACUUCGACCACCUUUCCAGAAUCAUGCCAUUAAACACAUGCCGGACACAUCUUUCUCUAUAGGGGAUCCAUGUAGAAGCACAAGUUUAACUCGCAAAAUAGAUCUCUUUGAUGUUAGCAGUCUAUCACGGUUUUCUAAAGGUGAUGAUGCAGAUUAUCUCUUGGAAGCUAUAGUUGCUAGUGUGUCUAGCUGUUUAGAUGAUACUUCAACUAAUAGAUUCAAAAGUGCUAGCUCAUCUACAACGUUGUUGGGACAAGGUGCCAAUUCCUUCGAGUCACAGAAUCAAUCUGAUCCAAGAGUCUUAAUGAAUGAUGAUUCAACUCCAUGGAGCCAUUUUAGAUCUUCGUUUGUUUCCAGGGACAGAAGUGGCAUUUCUGGUUCAGUUUCUUCCAAUAAUACGAGGAACAAGUUGACUAAUAAAGAGCAGCAAGAAAAAUGCAAGGGCUCCACAGAGCCUAUGAGGCGAACCAAGCUGUCCAAUGCCAUCAAAAGACGAGCUAAAAUUGGUGAAAGCCAAAGGACAAGACCAAGGGACAGGCAGAUGAUCCAGGAUCGGCUGAAGGAGCUCCGACAACUUGUCCCAAAUGGUGCAAAGUGCAGCAUUGAUAGUCUCUUAGACCGAGCAGUGAAGCAUAUGCUGCAUUUAAGAAGUGUAAACAACCAAUCUGAGAAAUUGAGGCAAUUGGAAAAUCGAAAGGUGGCUGACCAAGAGAACAGGGGAUCAUCUGGAACGAAAAAUGGGUGUCAAAAUGGGACCAGCUGGGCUUUUGAAUUUGGCGAUGGACUUCAAUCAUGUCCCAUAGUUGUGGAAGACCUUGAAUAUCCAGGACACAUGCUGAUAGAGAUGCUAUGCAAUGAACGUGGGCUCUUCCUGGAGAUCGCCCAGGUGAUUCGAAGUUUGGAGUUCACCAUCUUGAAGGGUGCAGUCGACUACCGUUCGAACAAUGCCUGGGCAUGUUUCAUCGUCGAGGGUCCGAAAGGCUUUCAUAGGAUGGAUAUGUUCUGGCCUCUCAUGCAUCUUUGGCAGUGCAAAAGGAACCCCAUCUCGAGCAAGUUUUGAUACAAUAUUUCUUUGAUGUAAAUCGUGUAAUGGUUUUAUUUUCUAAAGGCCAAACAGUUGCAUUGGCGCUAGAUAGCUUCAUCUUCCAGAGUCUUUGCAUUA